AAUUUGGCAGCUGAGCUACCCUGACUUCGCGACUUCCUCAAUCCACGAUACCAAAACUCCUCGACAAGUCAUCCCUCACACCAAUUCGAAUUAGUCCUACGAUACGAAAAUCGCACAUCAGUCGCCAUGGAGAACAUCAAGGAGUUUGCCGAUAUGCCCGCUGAGUUCCUCAAGGAGGGUACUCUCUUCAUGAACCGCUGCACCAAGCCCGACAAGAAGGAGUUCAUCAGGAUAUCGCAAGCAGUCGGAAUCGGUUUCUUGAUCAUGGGAGUUAUUGGCUACGUCGUCAAGCUCGUCCACAUUCCCGUCAACAACAUCCUCGUUGGUGGCUCAUAGUCUCCCCAACUCCAGAGACAUCGAUUACCUUCCUCUUGCACAUCCGACCACACGACGGAUGCGUUCAUCAUAUCAUUUUUAGUGCGCUUGGAGGGUGGGGGAACAUAUGCGGCAUAUGGGGUUUGGAGGCCCAGAUACCACGCAUUGCAUAUGCGAAAGGGGCUGUACUAUACCGACAUUGGGCCAGCGGGAGUUUGAUUGCAUACAAAAUCUAAGCAUUUACGCACCGCA